GCGGAAUCCCAAGAAGAUAGGUGUGGAGAUCUGUCUGUGUAAAGGAACCGUCCCUCGGCAUCAAUGGCCGCUCCCUAGCUGCUAAAUAACUGAACCACCCCGAGUUCCCGUCGGUGACACGGAAGGCAACAACCAUUAUGGAUGGGUCCUCUAUGAAGACGAUACGAAACUGUCGAUUUAAUUACAGAACUCUGGCCGUGUUGGUUUGUGUGAUUUUAAUCGUUGGUAUAAUCUAUACGAAAUAUUUCCACUUUCGGAAUUCUGGGAAAACAUGGCGUCCUAUAGAUUUGGUACCAUUGGAGACAUGCGUCGGCAGCACGUGCAUCUUAUCAAACGAUACAUCUGCUGGAAUGAAAUAUGCUUUGUAUUUCCAACCUAGAAAAACUAAAGUGAAUGAAUUUGUGUAUCGGUUCAUAAAUCAGCCAACAGACACGUGCGACCCGAUGUCUCCCCCGGUUUUAAUCAUUAUAGUACCUUCCUCUCCUUCCCACGUAGAAGAGCGGAAAGCUAUUCGAUCCACGUGGGGAAGCGUAUCUCACGGAGAGAAAUGGCCGUUACAAAAUAUCAAAGGUAAAGCUAAGCUCGUGUUUUUGUUAGGAAUAACCGAAAACAUCACCACCCUUCAGAAGAUACAGGACGAAGUCAAUGAACACAACGAUAUCGUCCAGUGUAAUUUUCUAGACACAUACCGAAAUCUGUCCCUCAAAAUAUUGUCCGGAAUUCGAUGGACAUACUUGAAAUGUCCCGAUGUUAAGUAUAUUUUGAAAGCGGACGACGACACGUUUGUCAAUCUGCCGCUACUCGUAGCCACGCUGGAGGGGUACUACCACAAGGUGGACAGAAACGGAGCUAUAUUUGGAAACAUUAAUGGCGACGCCAAGGUCAGACGCCGAGGGAUGUGGAAGGUCAAUGAAAUCGAUUACCCUUUUCCCCAUUUUCCACCGUAUGCAUACGGAAACACCUACGUCAUAUCCGCUAAUAUUGCGGGCCGGAUAUUUAGUGCGUCGGAGUAUAUGCCGUAUAUUCCGAUAGAGGACGCUUACAUCACGGGGAUACUGGCCAAGGUAAUAGACGCCCGCCUCGUGUUCGUGUCGGGUUUUACCUUUUGGUUGGACUAUAAGCCGAAUUACUGUGAUUUUGUGAAUGACAACAGAAUUUCUGCUACUAAAGUCAGCUUUAAGUACAUGUUUUACCUUUGGGAAAAAAUACAUUCUAGUGAAGUAGAUUGUUAAAGACACUGUGUGUGUAUAUGUGUGAAUAAUGAGCUAUAUUUAUGAACUCAUGAAAGACUCUAUAACUAACUCUCUAGAUCUAGCUAAUUAUUGAAUCGGCUUCAAUGAACAUAUUUUCCAAAAGGUUAUAUGUGUACAUUCGAAAUGGUUUGCGGUGUAUUGCCGAACAUACCAUAUAAAGGAUACGAUUGCUCAAUUGAAAAAAAAAAUCCAUACAUACUCCUAUUUUGAGUGACAUCUGUUUUUGUAUUUUUUUUGUAUUUUUUUUUUUUUUUUUGUAUAUUUUUUAAGAAAAAUA